GCCUCUUUCUACACUUUCCCCUCAUGCCUCCUCCUCUUUCCUACUUAUGACUCCCUGCUAAAUUUUGUCUCUCUUCCAGAGAUCUGCAUCCUGCGCUGCUGACCCGCGGGACAGAGUCAAAAACAGAACCUACUGAGAGGGGUAAAGAGGGCAGAUGAGAAGCUCAGAGGACAAGAAGUAAAAUGGGACCCUAUCCCAUAUAAAUUUUGAUUGCAGUGUGUGAGAGGUGAUGCCCUGCCCUAUAACCCACAUAACCUAUGAUAUGGGUGAGCUGUGCAGAUGCUGUGUCACCGUUACCUGACGCCAGGUGUCCAUGGGAUUCAGGUGAAAGGGGGAGGAAACGUUGGGCCAGGCACCGCAGGUGUGUCCUGCUGAGGGAGGAGAACAGCCAUGACAAAUUACACCGGUAACACAGAAGAAGAAAGCUUCAGACCUAGCUGCAUAGCUACAGGUGACCUGGGGAUGACACAACAGAUUACAACCUAAGGAGCCGCCUGUCAGGAGAGACAGAAUGGAGACCCCCGACGGGCCUUGGGCAUGGGGUGUGCUGGUUGCGGCAUUGCUAACCAAUGGAUUGACUCUCGGCUUUCCUUCCUGCAUUGGAGUUUUUUAUAAAGACCUCCAGAACUCCUUCCAGGUCUCCAACUCAGAGAUCUCCUGGUUCCCGUCUAUUAUCACGGCUGUGCUGCACGCCGGAGGUCCAUUAUGCAGCUUUAUAGUGGAGAAAUUUGGCUGCAGAGUGGCAGUGAUGGCCGGUGGUCUCCUGUGUGGGAUUGGGAUGGUCACCAGCUCCUUCUCUCAGACUAUAAUUCACCUGUACUUAAGCGCUGGAAUUAUCGGAGGCUUAGGACUAUGUUUCUCCUUCCAAGGAGCAAUCACGGUGCUUGGUUACUACUUUAUCAAGCGUCGGACUUUGGCCAAUUCUCUGGCCUCCACAGGAGCAUCAAUAGGCAUGGCUCUCUGGCCCAUCGCAUCCCAGCAUCUCUUGGAGUCAAUGGGUUGGAGAGGUUCCUUUAUGAUCUUUGGCGGCGUGUUGCUCAACUGUUGCGUAUGUGGUGCUAUCAUGAGGCCGGUGAAAGCUCCACCACCUGCCCCUAGUAAAGAUGGAGCCAACGGGGUCACAAAAGGCGUUGAAGAAUUGGAACAGGGUAAAGGUCUACAAAGAUACAUAGCUUUUGACCUACUGCUUCGGCACAGACGAUAUCAGAUUUAUACAAUAGGUGUCAGCGGGAUGGUUAUGGGCUUUGUCUUGCCUCUUUUCUACUUGGUACCGUACGCUACCAGCAAUGGCAUAGAUCACUCGACCGCUGCCCUCCUGCUCUCCCUCAUUGGCUUCAUCAAUAUAUUUACACGUCCACUGUCCGGACUGGUGUCCCAGCAGCGGAUAUUUUCUGGGAAGCUGAUUUACCUAUUUAGUGGGGCAGUAAUUGUGAAUGGACUUUGCAACCUGAUUUGUGCAUCUUCUGCCUCCUUCCCCGUCCUUAUUGUUUAUUGUGUCAUGUAUGGCAUCUCUAUGAGUGUCAUUGGAUCGCUUUUAUUCCAAGUGCUGAUGGAUAUAGUUGGCAUGAAGCGAUUUCCUGGAGCUUUUGGACUUUUUACCAUCAUGGAAAGUGUUACAAUCCUGUUGGGACCACCACUGGCAGGUCUGCUGGUAGAUAUCACUGGUGAAUAUAAGCUGGUUUUCUACUUCACCUGCCUUGCUGUGACCUUAUCUGGACUUUUUAUAUUUGUGGCAUCUUAUAUAGUCGACAAAAAAGAAAGAGAGACUAAAAAUAAUCUCUUUGCCCAAAAUGACACAUCCGGGACUACCGAGCACCCCAAUGUUAUUUAUCGCCCAGCGACAAAACAAGAGGAUUUUGUAAUAUGAGUGACCACUGAUAGGAUCCGCCGGGACAAUAUGGACAUUGACGUCUGUGAGGGUCAGACGUUUUCGUGAAAUCUAUGCACCGCACCUUAGCUCACAGGUCUACGAGGUGAUGUUCUUCUCUCAGGGAGUCAACAUGUUUGAUUUUACCAAAAUUAGACGUGGAGAACCAAACCUAUGCAACUGAAGGUCAAGAGGAAGAAGAAGGGUAUCAGGCGCCUGUAACGGAUACCAUAAAGUGCAAAUUUACACACAAGCAAAAAAAAUUUGUGGAGCUUUGCUCAAAAAAGUGUGGCCAGUUUUAGCUAAUGUUACAAAUUUUCACUACAACACAGUGUUAAACUGUUACUAUCCUAUAAAGAAAGUGCUGCAAAGUACUGUAAAUCUGAA